AUGGCCAGCCCCCUCCCGCUGACGGUGCAGUACCAGCCCGCAACGGGCGGCUGCACCAUCGACAUGGCCGCCGCCGCCGGCCACGGCCUCGCCGUCUGCCGCACCAUACAGAUAGGCGGCCCGGGGGACGCGGGCGGCCUCGAGUUGCAUGAUGGGGGGAAUGUCAUUUACGUUACUCCUACAGGGGCUGAUGAUGGUGGGUUUGCUGUUGAUGAUGGGCAUGGGGACGGGGGCGGGGGCGGGAACUCGUCUACGUCUGCUUCUGCUGUUGUUGACGUUUUGCCGUCUACCUCUUCGCCUGUUACGACUGCGUUCUCGUUUUUUACGUCUGCGUUUACGGCUUCAGCGUCUGCCACGUCUUCUACAUUGACGUCCCUGUUUCCCGCCGUCGCCGUGCAAUCUACGUCCUCGCCCACGUCCACGACUGCAGUUGCUGCAGUCUCCGUCGACCCAACUACGGCUGGACUGACGGCGCCGGGAUAUCCUUCUUGGCCCCAAAGCGUACCGCCGGUUGAGGGUGGGCCGCCGAAGGUCUCGUCUGCCGCGACUACGUCGGAGGUCUCGUAUAUUAAGACUACGCUGGGAGUCUCGUCUGCUGCGACUACACCUCGGGUCUCGUCUGCUGCGACUACACCUCGGGUCUCCUCUGCCGCCACGCCUCUGGCCUCGUCUGCUCCGCCAGUCAAGGCCCCAGCAACCCCUCCCGUCAGUGCCGGGCAAAGCGGCGAGGAAGGGAGUCAGUCUUCACCUCCCCCGGCACCGCCGUCAUACCCUGUCGGUGCUGAGCAGCCCGGUGGUGACGGAUGGACUACUCAGCCUGGAGGUCCACUUCUUCCGGCUGUGACGCCGGCCGCGUCCUAUUCUGCCGGUGUUGGGCAGGGCGGCAGUGGAGGGACUCAGCCUCCAUCCCCUUCGGCAUCGUCGGUCAAGGUCCCGCCUGCGGUUAUGACGUCGCCUGCGCCUUAUCCUGUGGCUACUGAGCAAAGUGGUGACGGAGGGGUUUAUCCUCCGUCGUCGGUCAAGGUCCCGAUUCCGGUCGUGACGCCGCCUGUGCCUGUGGAGUCAGACGCACCCUAUCCUGUCGGUGCUGGGCAGGGCGGUGACGGAGGGGACAGAGGGGAUGGUGGGGAUGGUGGGGAUGGUGGUGUAGGUUCGGCUGGAGGAGAUGGAGGUACUGGUGGCAAUGGAGGGCAAGGCGGUCCUGGAGCAGCGGGCGGAGAUGGUGGCGAUGGUGGGAACGGAGGAAAUGGAGAGAACGGCGGCGGGCCAGUCGGGCCUGUCGGGCCUGUCACUAGCCCCGGGGGUGCCGGCGGAGACGGAGGCAAUGGUAGCGGCGGUGGCUCUGAGGCACCAGGUGGCGUGGGUGGUGACGGAGGCGACGGUGGUAAUGGUGUUGCUCUUCCGGCAAAGCCACAGGCAUACCCUGCGUAUCCAAACGUCACUCUAUCGUCAGUCACGUCGACACCAGCGAUCACGAAGUCCCCUGGCCAGCUCACUCCCCCAUCUCUUCCACCUGUACCCCCUACUUAUUUCAACCUCACUCGAUCGUCAGCCGUGCCGACACCUGGGAGCACCAAAACGCUUACCACGACUCUUCGGAGUUCUGACCACUCCCAGAGCUCGUCACUUCAUCACUCUUCCCAGUUGGCGCCUGUGCAGUCCGAGGCACCACCAUCAUAUCCAACUGCGCCGCCAGUUUCCGCGGAAUCCCAACAGCCACCAGUCACCACCUCUUCCAAGCCACCAGUCACCACCUCUACCCAGUCACCGGUCGCCACCCCUUCCCCUCCAGCGCCGCUCCCCAGCUACUGCUCACAAGAAUACAUCUCCAUCGACAUAACAACCAUCUCCAGCAUCUCCUUGCACGACCUCGACCAAUACAUCACCGUCCUAUCCCAAGCAGAACCAGAACUAAACCUCACCACCCCCGACGGCGGCCACAUCAGCCUCUCCGGUCCCAUCUCGUCCUCCUUGACGCUUCAGUAUCGCGUGACCUGCGGCGUAGUCUUCCCGGCGACCGAUCCUGUGUUUCCACAGUUCCCCGACGAGGUCCAGACGCAGGCGUCUGAUCAUAUGGGCUGUCUGGCGCUGUGUGAGGGGGAGGCUGUAAGUAAAGCGGAUGCAGGGGAUUUGAGCGAGUGUAUUGGUGCGGCGUUUAGGGGUGGCUUGGAGGGGACUAAUUGCCGCUAUUGGAAUGCGGAGAGGGAGGAGCAUGAGGCUUUGCCGGUGGACUCGCUGCCGCUAUCGAGGGACGGGCAGGGCGUUGGGUCGGGGGAUGUGGUUCGUUGGCAGGUUUUGUAUUUGUGA